CGGCUGAAAGCCAAGCCCGGAUAAAUCACAACCCCCAGACUGCGGAGCGGCACACUUGGGGCUGCAGCGCACCGGAGAGGAGCGGACUUUCCAAAGAGCUGCGGGGGGGGCAGGUCGAAGCGCAGCGCGGAAAAACCAAGAGUUGCACCGGAGCCCAAUUGCCUCCGUCCCCGGAGACGAUACAAAGAAGCCCGCACCUGUAACCGCAGCCUGCAGCAGUCGGCUGGAAGCCCUCGCCAUUAGACAGUAUGCCCGGCAGCACCAUAGCCAGGGUGCUUGUUGCGCUCUGCCUCGGGAGCGCGGUGAACUGCAUGCCCAAAGGGACGCACAGGAGUCGGAGGCAGGCGCGGCAGCAUCACGUCCCCUCAGUGUCUCAGGAUGGUUGUUUAGAGAAUGGCAACGUCUAUGGCAUCAACGACCAAUGGGAGCGGCCGUACUUGGGCAGCACGCUGGUCUGUACCUGCCACGGAGUCGCUGGCAUCAAGUGUAAAAGCAAACCCGAAGCCGAGGAAAGGUGCUUUGACAAGAUCAACCAGCAGUACUACACCGUGGGGGUGACCUACGAGAGACCCAAGGACGGCAUGAUCUGGGACUGUACCUGCAUCGGCUCUGGCAGGGGCAAGAUCAGCUGCACCAUUGCCAAUCGCUGUCAUGAGGGUGGGGCUUCAUAUAAGAUAGGUGACACCUGGAGGAGACCCCACGAAACAGGAGGCUACAUGUUGGAGUGCGUCUGUCUGGGUAACGGCAAAGGAGAGUGGACCUGCAAACCUAUCGCCGAGCGUUGCUACGACAACUCGGCGGGCACGUCCUAUGUUGUCGGGGAGACGUGGGAGAAGCCGUACCAGGGGUGGAUGGUGGUGGACUGCACCUGUCUGGGAGAGGGCAGUGGACGCAUCACAUGCACCUCCAGAAAUCGCUGCAAUGACCAGGACACGCUGACCUCCUACCGCAUCGGAGAUACCUGGACCAAGACAGAUGCCCGGGGCCACCUGCUCCAGUGUCUGUGCACAGGAAACGGCCGAGGGGAGUGGAAGUGUGAGCGACAUGCCUCACUUCACACCACUGGCCUGGGCACCGGCUCCCGCGUGAUCACUAACAUCCAGCCCGCGGUCUACCAGCCUGCCGGCGUGCCCGAGCCUUCUCAGGAGGGUCCCUGUCGGACAGACGCAGGGCUGUCGUACUUCGUGGGCCAGCGCUGGAUUAAGAGCCAGGGAGCCAAGCAGAUGAUCUGUACCUGUCUUGGGAGCGGAGUCAGUUGUGAGCAGUGGGAUGGACCAGCUCCAGUGUAUGGCGGCAACUCCGGGGGCCAGCCCUGUGUGUUCCCCUUCGUCUACAAGGGGAAGACCUACCACUCCUGCAUCUCCGACGGACGCAGUGACGGACAGCUGUGGUGUUCCACCUCCUCCGACUUUGAGACGGAGCAGAAGUAUUCCUUCUGCACAGAGAAGAAUGCGAUGGUGACGACGCGAGGCGGCAAUUCUAACGGGGCUCUGUGCCAGUUCCCCUACCUCUACAACGGCCGUAACUACACCGACUGCACUGCGGAUGGACGCCGAGAUGGCAUGAAGUGGUGUGGCACCACGACCAACUAUGACGGAGAACAGCAUUUUGGCUUCUGUCCCAUGGCUGCCCACGAGGAGGUGUGCACGGCGAACGAGGGGGUGAUGUACCGCGUGGGGGACGAGUGGGACAAACGCCACGACGUCCUCGACCACAUGAUGCGGUGCACCUGCGUCGGCAACGGUCGAGGGGAAUGGAGCUGCGUCGCCUACUCCCAGCUCAAAGACCAGUGCAUUGUGGACGGUCUCACCUACGAGGUGAACCAGACCUUCACCAAACAACACGAAGAGGGAUACAUGAUGAACUGCUCCUGCUUCGGACAGGGACGUGGCCGCUGGAAGUGUGACGCCAUCGAUCAGUGCCAGGAGCCCGAGACGAGAGCUUUCUAUCAGAUCGGCGAGUCUUGGGACAAAGUCAUCCACGGAAUCAUGUACAAGUGCUACUGCCAUGGCAACGGUCUGGGAGAGCUCAGCUGCGAGCCCCAGCAGUCGUACCCUGGUGGUACCCGUCCCGUCCAGGUGAUCAUAACGGAAUCGGGAAACCAACCCAACUCCCACCCCAUCCAGUGGAACGCCCCCGCGUCUGCUCACAUCAGCCAGUACAUCCUCAAGUGGAGAGUGAAAAACACCCCCAGCCCUUGGAGGGAGGUGUUGAUCCCGGGCCAUCUCAACUCCUACACCAUCUCUGGCCUGAAGCCGGGCAUCACCUACGAGGGUCAGCUGGUCAGCGUUCUGCGGUUUGGACGCCGAGAGGUCACGCGCUUUGACUUCACCACCAACUAUGGAUCACUGGCGACGUCCCAAGGGGAGACCACCCAGCCUCCACCCAUGGUCGACAUCUCCGAGUCGGUGACCGAGAUCACCUCCAGCAGCUUCGUCAUCUCCUGGGUCUCCGCCUCCGACACGGUUUCUGGUUUCAGAGUGGAGUAUGAGCUCAGUGAGCAGGGGCAUAGCACCGGGCAGCCCAUUGUGCUAGACCUUCCCCGCACAGCUACCUCAGUGAACAUUAAUGAGCUUCUUCCCGGGAGGAAGUACACCGUCAACGUCUAUGAGGUUACAGAUACAGGAGAUGACAACCUCAUUCUUACCACUUCACAAACCACUGCACCUGAUGCUCCCGUGGAGCAUGAGGUGGAGGAGGUGGGAGAAACGUCCAUUCUGAUCAGCUGGGACAAACCACUGGCUCCAAUCACAGGCUAUCGCGUCGUCUACACGCCAUCGCUGGAAGGUGAAAGCACGGAGCUGACGCUCCCCGACACGGCGACGUCCGUGACCCUGAGCGACCUCCGCCCCGGGAGGCUGUACAACAUCAGCAUCUACGCCGUGGAGGACAGCCUGGAGAGCGAGCCUGUCUUUGUGCAGGUCAACACCGCCGGAGAUCCACUGCCAGAUGAAGUGGUUUCCCCCACAGACCUGCAGUUCUUCGAGGUGUCCGACAAGAAGAUUGUCCUGACCUGGUCGGGCCCGGGCAGCGGCGUCUCCGGCUACCGCGUCACCGCCGUGCCCGUCGACGAGUCUGGCUCCAACCAGAGGGAGAUGACCCUGCCCGUCAGUCAAAACUCCUACAUCGAAUUGUCGCACCUGGAGCCUGGGACACUGUACCGCUUCAACGUCUACACCAUUCGCAACGGAGAGGAGAGCUUGCCACUCAUUGGGGAGCAAACUACCAAGCCCGACGCUCCCACAGACAUCCAUUUCACCAACGUGACCGAGGACAGUGUCGUCAUGCUGUGGUUCGCCCCCCGGGCCAAGAUCACCGGCUACCGUCUCUUCCUCACCGUUGAGGGCUCCAACCCCAAGCAGCUGCGCCUGCCCGCUCGCCUCUCUCAGUACACGAUCCUCAACCUGCAGCCCGACACGGAGUACACCGCCACGCUGCACGCAGAGCAGGACAACACGCUGAGUGAAGGGGAGACCGUGGCGUUCACCACCAACCCGCCGAUGGGCAACGCUCCGCAAUUCAGCACCGACGUGACCGACACCUCCAUAAUAAUAUCCUGGUCUCCCGUUCCCCGCAUUGAAUACAAGUUGACGGUACGUCCCAGUCAGGGCGGCGAAGCCCCAAGAGACGUGACCUCUGACUCGGGAAGCAUUUACGUCUCCGGUCUGACGCCCGGAGUGGAGUACACCUACAGCGUCCAGCCAAUCGUUAACGGCCAGGAACAGGGAGCCCCAAUAACACGCCGCGUUGUCACACCGCUGUCUCCUCCUACUGAUCUCAACCUGGAGUCUAACCCCAACACCGGGGAGCUCACUGUGCUGUGGAAUGGAGCCAGUACACCAGACAUCACCGGUUACAGAGUGACAUGCACCCCCACCAAUGGCCAGCAAGGAAACAGUGUGGAGGAGUUUGUGGAGGCGGGACAGAACUCCUGCACCUUGGAGAACCUCAGUCCCGGAGUGGAGUACAACGUCAGCGUUGUCACCGUGAAGGACGACAUGGAGAGCACGCCUGUGUCCACUGUUAUCACACCAGAAGUCCCACAGCUGACGGACCUCAGCUUCGAGGACGUGAGCGACACCACCAUCAGUCUGCGCUGGUCGCCGCACAGCACCACGGCCGUCACCGGCUACAGGAUCACGGUGGUGGCCGCCGGCGAGAGCGUGCCCAUCUUUGAGGACAUGGUGCAUUCGACCACCGGCCAUUACACGGUCUACGGACUGGAGCCCGGCAUCGACUACGACAUCAGCGUGAUCACCGUGACGGAGAGCGGCGAGAGCGAACCCACCACGCUCACCCAACAGACCUCUGUACCAGCCCCCAGCGAUCUGAACUUUGGCCAGGUCGGGCCCGACAGCAUGGAAGUCACCUGGGUCUCUCCCCUCGUCCCAAACUCUGCAGACAUCAACAGCUUCCUCAUCAGGUACCAUCCCAUCGACGACGAAGAUGACAACACUGAAACCAAUGUGGGAGGCAGGGCUAACAACGUGGUGCUGAGGAACCUGCUGCCUAACACGGAGUAUCUGGUCAGCGUGGUGUGUGUUUAUGAGCAGAGAGAGAGCUCGCCCCUUGUCGGCACCCAGAAAACCGCUCUGGAUUCGCCGGUUGGCCUGCGUUUCUCCGAGAUCUUGACCAACUCCUUCACUAUGCACUGGCUCGCCCCCCAGAGCAAAAUCACCGGCUACCGCAUCCGUUACCAGAUGGUCACCGGCGGGAGGGCUAAGGACGAGAGGCUGCCGCCCUCCAGGAACCACUUCACCCUGACGGGACUCGCCCCGGACACCGAGUACCUGGUCAACGUCUACGCGGUGAGCGGGACCCAGGAGAGCCUGCCGCUCAACGGGAAACAGAAGACGAUCUCUGAUGCUCCCACAGACCUGGAAGUGCUAGACUCCUCCCCGACCAGUAUCACCGUCCGCUGGGACGCCCCCCCUGUCACUGUGCGCUACUAUAGGAUCACUCACGGAGAGUCAGGAGGUCACAGUAACCCCAAGGAGUUCACGGUGCCCGGCUCGCAGUCCACGGCCACAAUCUCUAACCUGAAGCCCGGUACCGACUACACUGUCACCGUCUACGCCGUGACCGGUAGAGGAGACAGCCCCGCAUCCAGCACGCCAAUCUACGUCACACACAAAACAGGCGUCGACUCUCCCUCUGAAAUGGAGGUGACGGAUUUGAAGGACAACAGUGUCACAGUGAGGUGGAGCCCUGCACAGGGCCCGAUCAAGGGCUACAGGGUGACUGGGGUCCCCAGGAACGGACAGGGGCCGUCUUUCACAGAGGUGGUGGCUCCAGACCAAACUGAGAUGACCUUCUCAGGCCUAAUGCCGACAGUAGAGUACGUUCUGAGUGUGUACGCCCUGGGACAAGAUGGAGAGAGCUCUCCGCUGGUGGUGAAUGCUUUAACAAACGUGGACCGCCCCAAAGACCUGGGCUUCUCAGAGAUCGACUCCAACUCACUGCAGAUCUCCUGGGACAGUCCCGAUGGAAUUGUUACGUCCUACCGGGUCUUGUAUUCCAGUCCGGAGGAGGGCGAGCGAGAGCUGCAUCCUGCCCCCCGAGGCGAUGCCGAGUCCACCGUCAUCUAUGGUCUGCAGCCUGGCACCGAAUACACCGUGAAGGUCAUCGCCCUGCACGACGACACAGCCAGCACACCACUGGUCGGGACACAAGCUACAGCCAUCUCUCCCCCCACCAACCUCCAGUUCUCCCAGGUUGGCCCCACCUCUUUCACAAUGCGCUGGGACAUCCCGGGUCAGCAAAACCGACUGAAUGGCCUCAAGGGCCUCACGGGCUACCGAGUGGUGGUGAACCCGAAGAACAAGAGCGGGCCGACCAAAGAGAUCAACCUGGCCCCGGACGCCGCUCAGGCGCACAUCUCUGGACUCAUGAUUGCGACGACCUAUGAGGUCCACGUUUAUGCCUUGAAAAACUCCCUGACCAGCAGGCCGGUCCAGGCGGAGGUCACCACUUUGGAGAAUAUCAGCCCGCCUCGUCGCGUGCGGAUCUCCGACGUCAACGACUCCUCCAUCACUCUGACCUGGCGCUCCAAGACGGAGACCAUCUCCGGCUUCUUGGUGGAGGCCACACCCACCUCCUCCGCAACGGGCUACAUACCCAUCCAGAGGACCAUCGGGCCGGAGUCGCGCUCGUUCGCGAUUACAGGCCUGGAGCCUGGAACUAGUUACAAGAUCAACAUAUACACGCUGAAAGGGAACGGACGCAGCGCGCCUCUCACACUCACUGCCACCACAGCUAAACCCGUGGUCAUACCGCCCACCAGCAUCCGCUUCACCUCCCUGAACCCCGGCAGCAUCUCAUUCACCUGGGAGCCGUCGCGCAGCCCCGGGGUCACUGGGUAUUACGUCACCUGUGAGGAGGCCGGGGGUUUGCCUCGAGAAGUCCUCCCCAGACCCCACGCAAGCCAGAGCUACGCCAACGUCAAUGGUCUGAAACCAGGAACCGAGUAUGUCAUUAAGAUCGUUGCACUACAAAAUGCUUUGAGGAGCACACCUCUUGUGGGCAAAGCCAGAACACAGCCAGCCACAGAUCAUCAGCUGUUGGUCCCCGAGCUGCCUCGGCUACCGGUUCCUCACCGACCCAGCACGGACAUCCUGGACGUCCCGGAGUCGUUCAAUGACAAGACCUUCAACUCCAACCAUGUGCACUUGUCUGGGACUAGUGGCCAAACCCAACCAGGCCAGCAGGGCCAGCACAUCUACACAGAGUACCAGAACCUGGGCCCCAAUAAUGGAGUCCAUGGCCCCUACACGGGACCCAAAGAAGGCCAGAGACCCACUCUCAGGGAACCCCUCAUCUAUAUCCCUGUAGCAGGCCCUGAUGGAAACAGAGUACCCUUAGUCAAGGUGAGCGAUGGUCCUCUGCCUGGUCUCGCGUUUGGUUUCCCUGACAACGAGACAGAGUUGCCUCAGGAAGCACAGACGAUCACAGCCAUCUCGUGGCAACCCAUUCCGCAGACUUCAGAGUACGAGGUGUCCUGUAAUCCCAUUACACACCUGGAGGAACAGGGCUUCCAGAUGCGUCUUCCUGGCACGUCUAACAGCGCCACACUGAUCGGACUGACGUCCGGGGCGUCCUAUAAUGUCGUAGUGGAGGCCAUGAGGGGCGGGGCUAAAGAGAAAGUUCUGGAGGAAGUUGUAACCGUCGGCAAUGCUGUUCCAGGUGACAUCCCCGUUACGGCCAACCAGGAUCUGUGCUAUGACACAUUCACACACACCUAUCACGAGCUGGGCUCCGAGUGGGAGCGCAUGUCGGAGACGGGUUUCAAGCUGUGGUGCCGCUGCCUUGGCCUGGGCAGUGGUCACUUUAGGUGUGAUUCAUCCAAGUGGUGUCACAACAGCGGCAACAACUAUCGAAUCGGUGAAAAGUGGGAUAGCCAAGCUGAAAAUGGUCACAUGCUGAGCUGCACCUGCCUGGGAAACGGCAAGGGGGAGUUCAAAUGCGAGCCCCAUGAGUCGACAUGUUAUGAUGAUGGGAAAAUGUACCAGUUGGGGAACCAGUGGCAGAAAGAGUAUCUGGGCGCCAUCUGUACCUGUACCUGCCAUGGAGGACAACAGGGCUGGCGCUGUGAGAACUGCAGAAGGCCAGGCGUGCAGACCGACGUGGACGCCGACCUCCUGCAACCCGUGGCCUCCGACGUCUUCGACCGCUACAGAGAAAACGCUCUACGCAAACUGAACAUCCAGUGUCCAAUUGAAUGCUUGCGGCCCGAGCUGCUGGCAGAUGCUCAAAGCCCCCCAGAGUAGAGAGGAGGAGGAGGAGGAACGCGAGUAAACGAGGAAGACGCGAGAACCCUUUCAGGGAGGAACUCUCCUCCUGCGUUCUUGAAAAGAAGACCUUUUCAUUAAAUUUGUGCCUUGAUGGCCCCCCCGCCCCACACCGAUUCUUAGUGCCUUGAGAAAGACUUUUCUACACCGACCUGUGCCUAUUCAAAGACCUGUCCAACUUUUCCUGUUUGUCAUCCACUUCACUUCCAACAACAACAGAGAUGACGUCAUCAAAUUCAUUUUUGAUGCGUGUCUAUCAGAGCACGAGUCCUGCUGCUUUAUCACUUGGAACCUGCCUAACACACACACAGACACACACACACAUGCACAAGAUGCAAUAUUGUUGUUCACUUUUACUGUUGCGUUGGGACUUUUUUCGGUUUCAGAACAUUCCAGUACAAUUCUCUUCCUUUGAAAAAAGACAAAAUGCAUCGCUACAAAUGUCCACCCCUGACAAAAACCUGUAUCCACAUUUCAUUGAGUCUCACCGUGAGUAAUAUGUAUGCAGAUGACAUUUAUGUAAUGAUAGAAUGCAUUUUGUGGGUCUUUAUACAUGUUAAAUUCAGGAAAGAAAGUCGUUUUGCAAAGCCAUACAUUUCAUUAAUUUUUACAGUUCCUGUCUCAGCUUGAUUGACCUAGACGGACAUGACAGUCUGUCCGAUUUGAAAUCACAUUGAUCAGGCCGUUUUCAUCAACCUGAAUCAGCAUCAUCUGUGUAGUCAGGGGGAUUACAGAUGUAAAGUCUGUCCUAUCUGUAUCUCUGUGGUCAGUCGCCUUCGAUUUGGGUGAGCAGAACAACUGGUCACUAAUAUUUCUCUUUGAAAUAUUACAAAUGUAUCAUUUUGAUUAACAGGCCCAGGAAAUGAAUUACACAAAAAAAAAAUCUAAACUUCACGUUUCCUUAAAAAAUAAGCACUGAGUUUGUGUUAAAAACAAAAAACGCGGCCUUAUAAUUUGCCUUAUUGCAGCGUAGGCUGUUGAAGUAGCCGUGUAGACGUAAGCCUGUGAUCUGCAUGUGGUGUUUUUAAAAGUACAUCAGAUAUAGCACAUCGAAAAAAUCUAUAAAGCCAAAGCUGAUUGACCAAAAGUUGAACUCUUAUUUCAAAAAUGAAUGGGGAAAAUUCACCAUUAUUUCCAAGUGAAAUGCAUUUUAAUUACAUAAAUGUUUGUAUUUUUUUUUUUUAUUUAUCCCUUUUUAUUCAGGCAUUUUGUUCAAUGCUACUUUGGGUUGUACACUUUAUUUUUUGAUUAACAUGUUUUUUAUAUUGUUGGUGCCAAACUCUGAACUACUGUGGACUGAAUCUUUUUAAUAAACUGAAAAAAAUCCAA